AUGUUUUCUCUUAUGCAAGGACUGUGGAGUUACAUGUUCAGCAAGACUGAGUUUCAUGUGCUCAUCCUUGGUAUCGACAAAGCUGGGAAGACGACGUUUUUGGAGAAGUUGAAGACGAUAUAUUCUAUCUCAGAAGGUCUUCCACAUGAUCGAAUCGUGCCUACUGUUGGCCUAAAUAUCGGUCGCAUUGAAAUCUCUAAUGCUAAAAUUGUGUUCUGGGACUUGGGAGGUCAACCUGGUUUGCGUUCGAUUUGGGAGAAGUAUUAUGAAGAAGCACAUGCAUUGAUAUAUUUGAUCGACGCAGCUUGCCCAUCUCGCUUCGAAGAUUCAAAAUCUGCUCUAGAAAAAGCCCUGCGGCAUGAGGAUUUGCAAGGAGCGCCUCUUUUGAUAUUGGCAAACAAACAAGAUCUUCCAAGUGCUGUAUCGGCUGAGGAACUUGACAGGUACUUGGAUCUAAAAAAACUGGACGAAAGGGUGUACAUGUUUGAAGCAGUUUCUGGAUAUGAUGGACGAGGAAUCAAAGGAAGUAUAGAAUGGUUGGUGGGUGUGAUGGAAAGAAGCAAAAGAACCGAAACGUUAAGAGCUCGUGCAGGUUAUGUUCCUGUGCCAACUUCCUAG